AUGAAAACGGCGAAACGGCUCCCGAGGCGUCGGAAAUGCUUUCAAAGGCUCCGAAACAACUUCCGAAGGCAUUUCCACUCUAUGACCACAGCUCCGAAAGUUUAUCCGAACUCGAGUCGCGCACAGAUGGGCUUAUCUUGCAGAUUCAGUCACACAAUCAGACUGACGUUUUUGAAUUUCCAAUCAUUUUCAUUAUUUGAUUCGUCUUUCCACAUUUUCGUCUUCCCAUAUUUAUUGUUUUUCCAUCUUUUUUCCAUCUUUUUUCCAUCUUUUUUCCGUCUUUUCUUUCGUCUUCUCUAUUCUGCCGCUUUCGCAUAUUGCCUUCCUCGCCGUUUUCUUUUUCACCGUUAUCGUUCGCACUUCUUCCCUGCGUCCUUCUGCACCGCAUUUCUUCAGUGCUUCUACUCCCGUCUCCACCAUUUCCCGUUGUGCUCCGUCACGUGCUCAUAUCCCCUUGUUCUUCCCCGUUUCUUCUUUCCUUCACAUGUGAAACGGUGGACCCCUCCAGAUGGCCUGUUUGUGUGCAGUCCGCCGUAUCUAAAACUGCCGUGGCGUUUUGUGCCCAGCUCGCUGCAGGCCCAAAAGGGUUAG